AUGCCGGGCCACCACCAUUUCUUCUGUGCCGAAUGGCGCCGUUUGCGCAAGGUUGUGGUCAUCGAGGACGAGGUGCUCUUCGAUCUCGUGGCCGGGGCACGAAGCCCGGAGGAGGUGCUGCUGGACUUCAGCACCGAGUUCACCAAGCAGAACAGCUUGCAGGGUUGGAGGGUGGAGGUCGACGAGGACCUCUUCAACCACAUCAACGAGCUCGACGAAGCCGAUCGUGCAGAUGGCUCCGCUAGUGGGUUGCCACGCGGAAGGAGCACGUUAUCCCGGGAAGCUACGAAGAACCUGGGUCGAGGUCGGUCCGCCUCGCCGCGGUCGGGCUCCCCGCUGCCCCGUGGUGCAUCCCGGCGCCUGCAAGCUUGCAGGGCAUUGUCUCCGAGCCGUGCGGCCGCCACUCGCACACCGACACCCGCCCAACGGUCGCCGUUGCAGCGUGUGGCGACAUCGACCACGAAUCUGGUCAUCGGCGCAGCUGCGACGACUGGCAGUGGGCCAUCGAGGCCUAUGCUCUUCAUCAACGAGCAGCACCCGCUUGCACACCUUCCAGAUCCCCUCGGUCGCGACGACUUCGUUGUCGAACUUCGAAGGCGGCUGCGUGUCCCUCGGCUGUUUGGCAAAGAGGCCCGCGAGCACGGCGAGCGUGCAGGAGGCGCCGGCUUGGGCCAGGGCGAGCCGAUGUUGACGGUGGAGGACAGAUUGGUUCCCUGA